AUGCGUAUAUUAUAUCAAUUUGUAGUUCUUUGUACUAUUGUUGCCACGAUCAGCGCGUGGCCAACCACCCCACCCGCCGCCAUCUGUGGUAGCCCACUGCUCAGAGGCGGUCCCACCACGCCACCCCCAGGCGCCAUCGUCAUUCCCGCCGGUGACAACUCGGGCAUCGACUGGAACCAGCCAGGCAAGACCUUCUGGUUCGCGCCAGGCAUCCACACCCACGGCGACGACCUCUACGGCCAAGUCAUCCCAGGAGACAACACCACCUACAUUGGCGCGCCAGGUGCCAUCUUUGACGGCCGCAACAUCAACUUGAACUAUGGCACUGGUUUGAGCAACAACGAUGAGGCCACCGUCAACCACGACUACGGCUCAGGCUGGAUCGUCGAGUACUGCUGGAUCCACGACAACGAUGGCGCCGGUCUCUUCCUCGGCUCUGGCUCGACCACUCGCUUCAACUGCCUCCAGAACAACGGCCAGUUUGGUUUCGCCUCGUACAACCCCGCAGGAAUCUACGACAUUGUGCUCACUGACAAUGAGGUCGUUGGCAACAACGUCGACAACUGGGAGCUCCAUCGCCCAGGCUGUGGCUGCACUGGUGGUGGCAAGUUCUGGGAUGUCCACGGAGCCAUCGUCAAGAACAACUGGGUCCAUCACAACCUUGGACCAGGUCUUUGGGCUGACAACAACAACGCCAUGUUCCUCUUUGAGAACAACUUGAUCGAGGAGAACGACGGCAUGGGCAUCUUCUACGAGAUCAGCUACAACUUUGUCAUCCGCAACAACACCUUCCGCAGGAACAGCAUCCUCAACGGCAAGCAGAGAUCCACCGCCGGCGACUCGUUCCCAGAGGGCGCCAUCUACAUCUCCGAGUCUGGCGGUGACGUCCUUGGAGGCCCACGCUACAUCCAGUCUGAGAUCUCGUACAACCUGUUUGAGAACAACUGGGAUGGCAUUGUGUUGUGGGAGAAUGCCGACCGUUUCUGCCGCCCCAACGAGACCUGGGACACAUCCAACGGCUGCCCAUGGUUCAACAACACCUGGGGCUACCGCUACAAGACUCAGAACAUCAACAUUGAGCACAACGAGUUCCGUUUCAACGCCGCAGCCAUCAACUGCACCAACAGCUUCUGUGGCCGCCAGGGACUCUUCUCCAACUGGGGCACCUACCCUGCCAACUCGCCAUACCUUGGCGACGUGAUCCAGCAGGCCAUCACCUUCCACCAGAACAACGUCUGGAAGAACAACAAGUACAUUGGCAACUGGAGAUUCAUGCCCCACGACACCGACAUGGACAUCUCAUUCUCGCAGUGGAUCUCUGCCCCAUACAACCAGGAUGCUGGCAGCACCAUCAACGGCCAGACCGUCACUCCAACCCCUACCUCCACCUCGACCCCAACUCCAACUCAGACCUCGACACCAACCCCAACAUCCGCUCCAUCCACCAACUUCUUGGACACCAACUCUGCCACCCUGGAGGGUUCAAUUGGACAAUGGGCCAGCUGGUACUCUGCCGAUGUCGCUCAAUCCUCUGCCCAAGCCCACAGUGGCUCCAAGAGUCUUUUGGUCACCGUCACUGGACAAUGGGGAUGGGGAGUCAGUGUCAGCAACUACCCAGGCUUUGCCGCCACCGCCGGCGCCAAGACCGUCACCCUGUGGACCCGCCUAGGAUCCGGCACCAACGUGCAGCCAACCUUCACCAUCAAGUGGUUGAACAGUGCACAGGCCGUCCUCCAGACCAACAGCAUUGCUCUGUCUCCAUUGAGCACCACCUGGAACAAAGUCACCGCCCCCAUCACCGCCCCAGCUGGAACUCUGCCUACGUUCUUCUCUCGCUCACCGGUUCUGAUGCCCCAGGCUCCAGCUUCCACCUUGAUGACAUUGUCAUCUUCUAACACUACUGCUUACCGAUUCAAAUCAAGCCGUCCACUCUACCUAUACCUAACGACAUUUAAAAGCGUUCAACCAAUAAACUAA